AUGGCAGAUGUUGUGGACGUGAGAGAUGUGAAACAGUACAAGCCACGGUUACCUACACUUCCCCGUUAUUUUAAAGAACUAUAUCUUUUCAAUGAAGACAACGUGGAGUGGCUUGCAAACAGAGUUUUAGUUGCAACUAAAGAAACUCGGGGAGGAGCUUUAUCAUCCGUUCAUAAGAUGACAAUAUGUUUACGUUACCUUGCAGACCCCGGGUAUCAAAAGGGUAUCGGACAGGAACUUGGUAUUGAUCAGGAAACGGUUUCUCGGUCGGUGAGUGAAGUUGUUGAUAGUAUAGUUGCACAAGCGAACCAGUGGAUAAAGUUUCCUACUACCAACAAUGAAAUAAUGGAGGCAAAACAGCUGUGGCGGAGAAAAUUUCGCUUUCCAACGGCAAUUGGUGUGGUAGAUUGCACUCACGUAGGUAUACAAAAACCUUAUCUCCACGGAGACGAGUACAUUAACCGUAAGGGAAAACCUACUCUGAAUGUACAAGCUACCUGUGACGCUAGUGAAAAGUUCAUUAGUGUUGACGUGAGUUGGCCUGGUCAGUACACGAUUCAAGGAUUUGGAAAAACUCUCUUGUAA